UCGGACUGGAAAUUGGAGGCGAAGAAAAGAACCUGCGCUACAACAUCUCGCAAAGCAAUCAACAAUGGUGGCUAAGAGUCCCGCCAUUCCGAAUAGGAUGAACGCUGCCAUCAAUCCAAUCCUCGUCAAAGAAACAAUUCAAAAGUUGGAUAAAUGCAUGGCUCGCUUGGAAGAGCUCCAGUUCACGGUUACCGGCGGCUCAAAGUUUAUCUCCGGCGUGAAGCUCAGCCCACGCAGCACCAGGGGAUAUUUCAGAACCAGUCUCCAAUGCAAGCAAGAAUCCUUGAGGAUGAAGGCUGCUGCAGCCCAGAGAUCACCGGAGUCAAAGUUUCCGGAAAAAGCGAAAGCGAUUGAAUGGCGAAGAAUGUCCCUCACGGCCAUGCUGCUCAACGAAACAGUCGCCGAGAUCCUCCAAACAAGCAAGUUAGUUUCUAAUUUUUCGAUCAAAAGCACAGAUACCAAUCCAAGAACUCCUGAAACUGGCUCCAGAAGCAGAAACUUAGACAGCACAGAACUGAGGGCAAAACGGGCAAAGGAGAAACAUCUCUCUACCCGAACAUUGCGUUCUGAAUCUGGCUCUCCAGUUCUUCGCAGAACUCGAUCUCGAAUAACUUUUAAAACAACCUCUCCUCUUAACGUAAGACAGGCAUCCAUGAAUUUGACAAAAGCCAGACCUAUGGUUUCAGUUGAUCGGAUCACGCCGAAAAACAAACCUUGGAUGAAGAAGACGGUGCUCUUCACUAACCCGCUUUUUCAUUCUACUUCCCCUACAUCUACGCAGCAGAAGAGCUUCUACAAGACCAGAUCUCCGAUUAUUACAAGACGUUCACAGGCUCCACAUAAGUUCUUGAUAAAAUCUCAGCGUACAACUCUGCAUUCGCAGCUCAAAAGCAAGAAAGCAGUGCCAGAGGUGACUACUGUUUCGCCAGUAAGAAAUAAGGAAUCUCCUGCAAAGCAACGGCGCUGUUCUUUCUAUCCUUCUAAAUUUCAAAAUAAGAAUUUGAGUUCACAGUUCAAGAGCAAAAAGGCAGCGCCUGAGGUGACUAUUUCACCAAUAAGAAGUAAAGCUUCUGCUGCGAAGCAACGGCGCUGUACCUUUUCUCCGUCUAAAUUCGCAAACAGAUUAGUCUCACCUCUAAAGGCGAGGCUUUCUUUUCAGAAGGGAGGGGGAAGGGUGAUUCCUGGGCUGGAACAGAGGCACAGUUGGAGUAUUUCUGUGAAGCAGUCAUCUGCUCGGUUAAACUGUGCCAUCUGACGAAUUCUUAGAGAGGCAAGAAUGAUAC